GAGGCUCAUGUAAUGUGUGCUCCUAACAGCUUUCAACAUCAUUGUAGGUGGCCAUAAAAGAACUUAAUCUCCAGCACCAGGGUGUCGAGGAAGUGUUAAAAGAAAUCCUGGUCUUGAAAGAAAAAAGACACCCCAAUAUUGUCACCUACCUCCAAAGCUACCUUGUCAAUGGGGCUGUCCUGCUGGUGCUGGAGUACAUGGACGGAGGCUCUUUAGCUGAGGUUGUCAGAAAGAAAAGGAUGGAUGUAGGACACAUAGCAACAGUCUGUCGCGAGUGCCUGCAAGGCCUGGCUUUCCUUCAUGCCAACCAGGUGAUCCACAGGGACAUCAAAAGUGCCAACAUCCUUCUGAGCCGGGAUGGCGCCGUCAAGUUGGCUGAUUUUGGCCUCUGUACUUGGCUCACCCCUGAGCACAGUAAACGGAAGUCCGUGGUCGGCACCCCUCGCUGGAUGGCACCCGAGGUGGUGAGAGGAGAGCCAUACGGCCCCAAAGUGGACAUCUGGUCCCUUGGCAUCGUGGGAAUACACAUGGCCAAAAGAGAGACUCCUUACAUUCGUCUAAACAGUGCCAGGGCUAUGUAUCUGAUAAGCACGCAGGGGGCACCAGAUGUGCACACGCUCAGGCUGCCCGCUGCCUUGCGUGACUUUCUGGGCUGCUGCCUGCAGAUGGAUGUGGACAGGCGAGGCUCUGCCAAGGAACUUCUGCAGGUCCAGCUGGUGCUAGUCCCCCCAGGUGGACCACCCUGGCACUGGAUCUAGCGCUCCUCAGCUCACCACGACUCUCGCAGCUGGUCGAGUAGCAGGUGUCGAUGGAAUGAAGACUUGCCGAGGACUCCUUCUCUCUUCCCGGCUUGCCGCUUCCGCGACUGGAUCUCCCCAAGUCACUUAUGGCAGAGACCUCAGCCACGGUGUGUUCCUGCACCUUUCCUCCAAGGCACCACACCUUGCGAGGGCCUUCUCAGCGAGCUUUCUCUUUCGGCCCCGGGUAGACACCCCCUCUGGGAGCGGGCACGAAACAGUUCUGGAGCCGCUCCUGCUUUGGUUCCUCUCUGGAGUCGGGAAGUUCCGUGUCGCUGAUGUUCUUCACUCCCUUCCUCUUCGCGGGCUGUGAAGAGGCAGGGAGCUCCCCAAAUGAGCGCUACUACAUUGCAGUUUGCUUGUUCCGCGGGCUCUUCUCGCCACUGCUGCCAUCGGGCGGGGUGUGCUCCACCUGGUUUCUCCGGAUGCCAUGGCUCACGCGUUGCAGCGGUGGAGCUGGGGCCGUGCGGCGACUCACGCCGGUGCCUCACCGCGCCGCCCACGCCGCGCUGCCGCCGGGACUGCCCUGCGCCGCGCUGGGGGUCCCGCCAGGCCGGGGCUGCUCGGGUCACACCGUGCAGCCGGCGGUGAUGGAAUGACGGCGUGGUGGCACGCGGCGUCUCUGUGCGGUGGGGGAGGGACCACCCCGGUCCAGGAUGGCCGGUCUGCUGGAGAAGGUACUGAAGCGGCAUUUUGCAGUGUUCUGGUGGUGCCGCGGUCUCAAGAUUGUUGGUGCUGUUGCCUGAUGUUGGUGCACCAAUAUGUUGCGGCGUGCGUUUCCCAGGAUGCGCUGCCAGCAUUGGGGUGCGUCACAUUUCCCCCCGGGGAGACUCUUUCUCCCCGCUCAGGAACUCCAAUGGUCUCAGCGGUUGCUUUUGGGAUGCAGAGAUGAAGCAGAGGCGAGACGGGUCUUGGGGUAAACUGAGGAGAUUUAUUAAAGGUACAACUGAAGAAUAAAAACUAAAAGCUGAACCCCAAGGACCGGGAGCACAUGUCUUGCCGUGGAUUUUAUAGACAGGGCAAUACAAAGCAAACAACCAAUGAGAAUGCACUCAGGGAGGAGUCCAAGGCAGAGAUACAGAACUAAAUCCAAUGGGAAUAGCAAAAGCAGUGUAACGAUACAAAACAGCAAAUGAUAUAUUGAGCGAGGGAAGAUUGGCAAGGAAAAUACUAGCAACAGAGGCAGGGAUACAGAGAAUUGACACACAAUGGCAUGUAUAAUUUAAAUCAUAACACACAAAUGAAAUAGAAAGCUAGCCUGAAAACUCAAAGCAAAAACCCACACCACAACACAUCAUUGCAGCAUGUUUUGCCUAACAAACUAGAACAAGCUAAACUGAGUCACUCCUUUUUCACCAAAAUGCUGGGGCCUUGGUAAGACUUUUCAGAUUAACUCCAGCACAAGCCUCUAAUAUCAUUUCUAUAUGCCCUGACUGCCAGUAUUGCUCCCUUCCUAAUGUGAACACAGGGGUCAUUCCAAGAGGUCUACAAAGCCUACAGAUUUGGCAAACAGAUGUGACACACAUUCCUGAAU